CAUGCACGAUGCCUCGACUUUCACCUUUUCCAAGGGUUCCGAUAUCUUGUCCUCUGAUCUUAAAUCCACAUUGAAAUCGAACUGACUCACAGCCUUUUUGCCGUUCUAAAACUUCCGGUCUCCAUCCGCACAAUUAACUGUGUCUGCCGAAAUGGGUGUCCUCUGCAAAUUUACACUUACAAUUCAAUUCCUGCAAAAUUGCGCCUUUAACCAUGUGAGUUUCAAGAGAGUGAAGGUUUUCGAGUUACUGUUUUAUGAGGGUUAAUUUUUUAAUAAGGAAAUCAAAGUACGACGGAGAAUUUUCAAGUUGGCGCAAGAAUUAAUGAAAAAUUUUAAAAUUCUGAUGGAUUUUGUUUAUAGGCGACAUUAAGCGUUACAACAUUUGUAAGAAGGAUGUAAAUGGUAUUACAAAUGUCAUGUGACAGGGAUACGGUUUCUGCAGUGUAAACAAAACCUGGCGUUUUGCAAUGCGUAUGAAGUACGGCAGGACCCCACCGUCAUAGAUUUAAAUGCGAUGUCUGAUGGUCGUCGUCAUCAUCAAACAUUAAACAUGUGUGUUAUUCUUCACAAUUCAUGAGAAGGGAGGGGGGGGGAAUACCCCUUUUUGCACUCGGUUUGGGUUUUUGUUUUGUGUAUUGGAAGUUGCCCAGGCUGGCACCGCCUCAUCAAAGUCUAAAUUUGGAAAUGUGACGUCUGGUGUGUGAUCCUGCGGAUUUCUGCGCUUGAUUCAUUGGAGCAGCCGAGGCUGUGAGCAGCUUGCUGGAGGCCGAAGUGAGCAAAACUGGAACGGAUUAUUAAGACGUUACAAAGCGGAGCCUGAUUCAUCAGACAACAGCAAGGCGUGGUGAAGUUCAGGAACCGCGUUUCAAUUAUUUUAAACGUCUCCCCAGCUGCUUCAGGAGGAAUCUGACUUAGUAUCCUAAAGAAGGGAAAACAUUAAGGAAACGUUGACAGGCACACUGUGUUCAAUGGGCGGUGACUGUGGAAAUAUUGAGCACUUGUUAUCCCGGGAGAGCAGCGAGGGUCUGCCUGGAAUUUCACCCCCUAGGAGCGUUAGAGGACACGGGAGAGGAGAAGGGUAACUCAAAGACUGUAUCUUUUCAGCCCGAGAUGGAGUUACCAUGACAACUACUGAUGUGUUCCCGGAGUUUGCUCCGCCAAUAUGCGAGCCAGCGGCCGGGCCGGCCCACAAGAAGCGGCGGAUGUUGCACACUCUGGCCGCGGUGGCUGUCCUUCUCGCCACCGGCACCACCAUAACCAGCCUCAACAAAUGCAUCUUCGCCGUCUACAAUUUCCGGUACCCCUUGCUGCUGUCGGCGCUGCACAUGCUAACGGCCAUUGUUAUCGACUACGCUUUGAUCCGGAUGGGAUUCGUCAACCUGGAGAUUAAAGAAGUCACCGGGUUACCUGCUGCUGCUAAGUUCAAAGUGUUCCUGCUCAGCUUAACCUUCUGUGCCACCAUCGGCUUUGGAAAUAUGGGUCUCAAUUGUGUGCAGCUCUCCUUUGCACAAGUGAUCUCCACCACUACCCCUCUCUUUACUAUAGCCAUAUCAAAGCUCUUUCUGGGUAAGGACCAUCACAUUCUCAAGUACACUGCCAUGAUGCCCAUCUGCCUGGGAGCAUCAUUUAGUCUUAUGGGCGAGGUGCAGUUUGAUCACAAAGGAUGUCUCUACAUUUUUGCUGCAACCAUGUUGAGAGGAGUGAAGUCCAUCCAACAAAGUAUUCUGCUUCAGGAAGAAAAGAUCAACUCUGUCAUCCUGCUCUAUUUGAUGUCCAUCCCAAGUUUCUGCAUCCUUAUUUCAGCUGCUUUACUGCUGGAGGGUGGCAAUGAAUGGGAGCCAUCGACCAAGUACGACAACAAACUUUGGAUUUUCAUCCUUCUUAGCUGUCUAGGCUCAGUACUGUACAACCUAGCGAGUUUUUGUGUCACCACACUUACUUCUGCUGUCACUCUGCAUGUUUUGGGCAACCUGAACAUGGUCGGAAACCUUGUCAUUUCACAAGUCCUCUUUGGCAGCGAGAUGACUGCGUUGAGCUACGCUGGAAUCGGGCUAACGCUAACGGGUGUGUUGAUGUAUCAGAACUCAGACUUAAUAACAGGCUAUCUGAAUUCAAGAGUUAGGCAUCAUAGUGAGCAAGACAAGUUAAAAACUGACUGAAAGAAUGCCCUGUGUAUAGACAGGAAAUGAUGUGUUUGUAAUUCAAUAGCGUUAAUAUUUUGCCAAACUGCGGGCAGAUAAAAUACUAAAGUUAUUGAAGUAAAGCACAUUGCCUUAUUUAAAUUCAUGCUUUACUCAAUAUUUUGUCCCAUUCAAAUGUUUGAAGAGUCUGUGGCUGGAAUUGUAUUGAGUACAUUAGACUGGAUUAUUAAAGAGCUCAAUUUUUAUUGUAAAUGUG